AUGUCUUCUUCUGUUUUAGUUCUCAGAAACAUAUCCCAGAGACUGUUGUCUUCACAUCAGAAUACUCUAGUGCCUUUAUUCCCUUUGGGUUGCCGGCAUAAAAGUGAUGUAAAUUUAAAAGAUGUUUUGGCCUCACUUAUCCCAGAAAAACAGAAAGAAGUUGCUGAAUUUAGAAAGACACAUGGAAAAUCUAAAGUUGGUGAAGUCACAGUUGAUAUGAUGUAUGGAGGAAUGAGAGGUAUAAGAGGGUUGGUAACGGAGACCUCAGUGCUUGACCCAGAUGAAGGAAUUCGGUUCAGAGGUUACAGUAUCCCAGAAUGCCAGAAGCUGCUUCCGAAAGCCCCAGGUGGUGAAGAGCCUCUACCAGAAGGUCUGUUUUGGUUGCUUGUAACCGGUAAUAUCCCCACCCAGGAGCAAGCUGCAGCUAUUACUAAGGAGUGGAAUGAACGUGCAGAGAUCCCAAACCAUGUGAUCACCAUGCUGAACAACUUCCCAGACAGGCUUCAUCCUAUGUCCCAGUUCAGUGCUGCUGUGACUGCUAUGAACUCGGAAAGCAAAUUUGCCAAAGCUUACUCAGAAGGAGUCAACAAAUCCAAGUAUUGGGAGCUGUGCUAUGAGGAUUCAAUGGAUCUGAUUGCAAAGCUUCCCACAGUGGCAGCGAUUAUUUAUCGAAACUUGUACAAGGGAGGCAGCCCUCCUGAGCCCAUUGACAAGAAAAAAGAUUGGAGUUGGAACUAUACUACUAUGCUGGGAUUUGAUAAUCCUGAUUUUGUGGAACUGAUGCGCCUUUAUCUCACAAUCCACACUGAUCAUGAAGGUGGAAAUGUCAGUGCUCAUACUUGUCACCUGGUUGGCAGUGCACUAUCCGAUCCAUAUCUCUCAUUUGCUGCUGCUUUGAAUGGUCUUGCUGGCCCAUUACAUGGCUUAGCCAAUCAGGAAGUGCUGGUAUGGACAACCAAGCUGCAGCAGUCUCUGGGAGGGGAAGUAUCAGAUCAACAACUAAGGGAUUUCAUUUGGAACACACUCAAAUCUGGACAGGUUGUUCCAGGCUAUGGGCAUGCAGUCCUUAGAAAAACAGAUCCUCGCUAUAUGUGUCAGCGAGAAUUUGCUCUGAAGCACCUGCCAAAUGACCCUCUCUUCAAGUUGGUCUCUCAGAUUUACAAAGUUGUUCCAGAUAUUCUCAUUGAACAGGGCAAGGCCAAAAAUCCAUGGCCCAAUGUGGAUGCUCACAGUGGGGUCUUGUUACAGUAUUAUGGACUUAAGGAAAUGAACUAUUACACCGUGAUGUUUGGAGUAUCUCGGGCACUGGGUGUAUUAGCAUCUCUGAUAUGGGACCGUGCUUUGGGAUUACCGAUUGAGCGGCCCAAGUCAUUUGACACACCACAUCUGAAGAAAUUAGUUGGUGCGCAAUAA